AGCCUGUUCUCUCUCGGGUUGCCAAACCAGAGAGAUGCGUUCGCGGGAGAAGCCGCAGCGGCAGCAGCUCCGAAGCAGAACCCGGCGACAGCUUCACACCUCACCGGCACCGCUGAGCACUUCUCCUCCCUCCUCCACAUCAUGGGUUAGAGGAGAACUUUGAACUCACUCAGCGCCGAGAGAGAAAAACAGAGAAAGAAUUUAAAAAAAAAAGACAAUGUCCUGCGUGGCGUGGAAAGCUGUGCUGCGGAUGGAGCGGCUGAUUUUUACAGCACAAUAACAUUUAGACUUCACAGAGAGAAGAAGGAGGAGGAAGGAGGAGGAAGAGGAGACCUGCUAACACUCAUUUCUAUCCCGGCUCUUCUGCCACUUUGCUCUUGAGAGAUGAUCACGGAGCUGGUGUGCACCGCCGUGGCAGUGGGUCUCUAUCUGAACACGCUGGACGCAGAUUUCUGCUACGAUGACAGCCGAGCUAUCAAGACCAACCAGGACCUUCUCCCAGAGACUCCGUGGACCAACAUUGUGUACGAUGAUUUCUGGGGCACCCUGCUCACGCACAGCGGCAGCCACAAGUCCUUCCGUCCACUCUGCACCCUCUCGUUCCGCCUCAACUACACCCUGCACGGCCUGCGUCCCUGGGGCUACCACCUGCUGAACGUGGCGCUGCAUGGCCUGGUGACGGCGCUCUUCGCGGCCUUUAGUCGCCCUCUGCUGGGCGGAGGGCUGUGGAGCCUGCUGGCCGGCCUCCUUUUCGCAUCGCAUCCCAUUCACACCGAAGCCGUGGCCGGCGUGGUGGGGAGGGCGGACGUCGGCGCCGCCUUGUUUUUCUUGCUGUCGCUUUUCUGCUAUUCGAGACAUUGUGAACUCCGCGGGGUCUUUGAGUCCGGGCGGUGUGGCGGUGGUGCCUCAGUCGCCUGGUGUUGGAUGCUGGGGAGUCUGUGGUGUGCGACUGCCAGCAUGCUGUGGAAGGAACAGGGGGUGACGGUGCUGGCCGUGUCGGCCGUGUACGACCUUUUCGUGUUCCAGAGACUCCGGCUUCGCCAGACGCUUCUCCUCUUGUUGGGAAAGAAAAAGAACGCGAGUGUUUUGCUGAGUCUCGGUAUGCUGGCGUCCUGGGGAGUGCUUCUGCUCUUGGCUCGUCUCUACUGGAUGGGCAAUAAGCCGCCCAACUUCUCCAACUCUGACAACCCCGCGGCUGACUCGCCACAUUUCCCCACCCGGGCGCUGACGUUCCUCCACCUGCCUGCCGCCAACGCCUGGCUCCUGCUGUGCCCCGACAAGCUCAGCUUCGACUGGUCCAUGGACGCCGUGCCCUUGGUCAGAAGCUUGGCGGACUGGAGGAACCUUCUCACCGUCGCCUUCUACGGCGGUUUUCUCCUCCUGGCAUUGUACGGCCUCCGCGGUCCCACCGUAAAAGCAAAGGAGGUCAACGGGAAAGGCCACGUCGCUAAUGGGAAAUCAAUCACGAAUGGGAAUGGUUACCAUGCUCCUGACACAAACCAUAACACAGACCACGGGCCACCAAAGACCACCCUGAAUGGGUCUGCCGGACUUCACCAUUGCCCGUCACGGACUUCCCUGCCCCCGACAGAAAACCUCGUACUGUUUUCAUUAAGCAUCCUGUCGCUUCCUUUCAUCCCAGCAACCAACCUCUUCUUUUAUGUGGGUUUCGUAAUUGCCGAGAGGGUGCUUUACAUUCCGAGUAUAGGGUUUUGUUUACUGGUCGCCGCCGGCGCGAGGACAGUGUACGUGAGACUGAGGACUAGAGGCUGCAGGGCCUUGCUGUUGUGUCUCUGUGUGGGACUAGUGCUGCUGAAUGGACUCAGAACUGUGCAAAGAAACAGAGACUGGAGCAGCGAGGAGAACCUCUACAGGUCUGGGAUCAGUGUCAAUCCGGCUAAAGCCUGGGGCAACUUGGGGAACGUGCUGAAGAACCAGGGCAAGAUGGCCGAGGCGGAGACGGCGUACAGAAACGCCCUGCACUACCGCGGGAAUAUGGCUGACAUGCUGUAUAACCUAGGUUUGCUGCUGCAGGAGAACGAGCGCUUUGGCGAAGCGCUGCAUCAUUACAAGCUGGCCAUUGGGAGUCGACCGACACUGGCAUCGGCCUACUUGAACACGGGAAUCAUCCUCAUGAACCAGGGCAACCUGGAAGAGGCCAGACGCACCUUCCUCACGUGUGCCGAGAUCCCAGACGAGAACUUGAAAGACCCCCACGCCCACAAGAGCUCCGUCACCAGCUGCCUCUACAACCUGGGGAAGCUGCUUCAUGAGCAGGGCCAGCAGGAGGAGGCCCUGUCUGUUUAUAAGGAAGCGGUGCAGAAAAUGCCCCGACAGUUUGCACCACACAGCCUUUUUAACAUGAUGGGUGAGGCUCACAUGCGGCUGAAUCGGCUGGAGGAAGCGGGUCACUGGUACAGAGAGUCCCUCAGGGCCAAGCCUGACCAUAUUCCAGCUCACCUCACGUACGGCAAACUCCUGUCCAUCAUUGGGCAGACGAGUGAAGCGGAGAAGUACUUUCUCAGAGCUAUUCAACUAGACCCGACAAAAGGAACCUGCUACAUGCACUAUGGUCAGUUUCUACUGGAGCAGUCGCGCCUCGGCGAGGCCGCAGAGAUGGCAGAGCGAGCCGCGGAGCUGGACAGCUCGGAGUUCGACGUGGUCUUCAACGCCGCUCACAUGCUCAGGCAGGCCAGUCUAAACGAGGCAGCAGAGAAGCAGUAUGAACGCGCCGCCAGCCUCAGACCAGAUUAUCCAGCCGCCUUGAUGAACCUCGGCGCCAUCCUCCACUUGAACGGCAGACUCCCCGAGGCAGAGGCCAACUACCUGCGCGCACUCCAGCUCAAGCCCGACGACGUCAUCACCCAGUCCAACCUGCGGAAGCUGUGGAACAUCAUGGACAGGCAGGGCCUCAGGACUAAGCACGGGCUCGGGGCGCUGAACUGAGAGCGACGCCGAGCUGCUGCUCUGUCAAUGCUGACGCAGCGUCCUGCGCGGGGUGAAGCAGGAGAGCAUGUGGACAUAAAAAGGUGUCCAGAGGAGAACGAUACCGUACAUCACCGCGCCGGUGCUGUACGUCGGCUCAAACUACUAAAACUCUGUGUCAAAUCUUUGUACAAUAUUUCCCGUAAGUGAUGCUUAGUUCUUGAGCGAUAGAAGACAAAUCGUUGCAAAGUCCAAAAACAAAAAAGGAGGUGAAAGUUGUUUUGCUUUUUUAAAUAUCAGCGGAAUAUAAUCUAAUAUAGAGAAAACCUUGUAAGAUGUUUAAGAGCACUUCAUUUGAAAGUUGAUGUAGCAAAAAAAAAAGUGUGAAAUGGGUUUUGAAGGUGUCAACACUGAAAUGAUUUGUUUUCAAGGGUAUUUCAAGGGUAUUUCCUUUUUAAUGUUCUCCUUGAGGCUACAUUAACCACUACUGACAUGACACACAUGAAUAUGCUACCAAGCGUACAUUUGUUUUAGCUUAGUUAUAGAAAAUUCACAAAAAAUACCUGACUUUUCCCUCGUAACGCAGCAAAGCUUGCCAAUGCAUAGAUAUCUUCAGGAACUAUCGCUCAUACCUAGUGCUCCAUUGUGCAUUGAUAACUACAAGUGAAGAGCAGGCUUAAAGGUCCAUUAGUGACAUUUAUUGGCGAGAAUGGAAAUGGCCACCAACAGAGAGGCCCCCGUAAAGCAAGUAUCCAUAAAAGUCUUAUUCUAAAGCUAAAAAAAAUGAAGAAAAAGGUAAAAACACACAUAUAUAAAGAUACCUGUUGAAUUUCUGCCAAUAAAACUUUCCUAAACGUGGCACGCUGGACCCUUUAAGCCUAAGUUAUGACCAGUCACAUCCUGUUCUGAGAUAAUGAAGGUGUUUUAUUUUUUUUAUUUUUAAAAGCCUGUGACUGUAAAACCAUCCUCAGCGGUGCCAAAGCUUGUACCGAGUCUUUUACGCCUCUCGUGCCAAGCAAAAAGUAUUGUUUUGUGUUCCUCGUGUCCAAUGAAGAUGUCUCAAUUUGUGUGAUCAAACGAUCAAACUUAAUUUAUUAUUGUUAUUAUUAUUAUUAUUAUUAUUAUUGUUGUUAUUAAUGUUAUUUUUGCGUAUGUGAACACUCGAACACUGUGCCGUUUCACUGUCACUUUCGCCCAGCCCACUCCUGUUACUCCACACGGAUCAUUUUCAUUUGUAUUACAUGUUUGUUUGUUUGUUUGUUUGUUUGUUUGUUUGUUUUCUCUCUCUGCUCAGGGACGUCAGGUUGUGAUUCCUGUCACAGACUGAGUUUGUGACAGAGAGGUAAUUAGGUAUUUUUUUAAAAUGAUUGUGAUAUUUGGUUAAAUUAUAGGAGGUGUGUAGCUGGAAAUGUGCUGUGUUUUUGUAAAGAAUCCACAAUAAAAAUUUGAUUGAAAAUGA